AAAUACAAUUUUAGACUCCAAUGAAUAAAAAAUAAUCAAUUUAGCAAAUAAUAUAUCCAUGAACAAAUCGAUUUAAACAAGAGAGAUAUUUAAAUCAAAAUAAUUUGAGCUUUAAACGAUGUUCUAAUUGUCUAGAUUUCCCUAUGGUUUAGGCCAAUAUUUCGCGGGAAAGCAACUAAACACAAGGUUGACUUCUCUGAUCUGUUCGGUUAAAAGAAUUCCAACAUGCCAGGGAAAAUAGACAUUGAAGAAAAAGAAAACUCAGAUAUUCAAGAAAGGUUAAAGGUUUUAGAAGAAGAGUAUAAAGAUGGUGAUGUCACUGAGAAGGGGUACUGGAGAAAGAAAUGCAAAGUUUUGAAUGACAUUAUUCCUGAAGGAGUUAAAAGAGAUAUCAAAGAACUGGAAAAUGAGCUUAAAGAUGAAAAUAUUACAGAGAAAGGUUAUUUUAAGCAACUAGGAAAGUUAUUGCAGAAGAUCACUGAAUCUAACAUUUUGGCAAAUGGCAAUUCUGUGAAAAAUGGCACAGAAAAAAGUAAUAUUGAGGCAAAAGAAAACGGAUCUAAUGGUAUCUCAAAAAACAACGGAAACCAUGAAAAUAUAGAAAAUGGUAAAAAUGGAUCUGUUAUUGAUGAAGAAGUAGAAAACAAAGAAGAGUUAAAAGAAGAAAAUGAUGAAAUCAAGGUAGAGGCAGAUAUUGAGACAGAGGCGAAAGCAGAAGUUGCCAAGGAGAAAAAUACAGAAAAACAGGAAAUUGAAGAGGAAGAAUCUAUGGAAGUUGAAGAAAAAAAAGACGAAGAAGAAACACCAAGUAAGAAGUCAAGAGGAAGAAAAGGGAAAAAGUCAAAUGGAAAUCAGCCUUCUAUAGCAUCUAUGUUCUCAAGAACUCCAGGAAAGAGAAAAUCCACAGCUGAUGAAGAAGUUAAGCAAGAACAAGCAGAAGAAAAGGAAACAAAGAAACCUAAAGUUGAAAAUGGAGAAAAAAGUGAAGAAAUGGAUACUGAAAAUAAAAGUUCUACAGAGGCAGAGAUUAAAGAAAUUGUGAACAAAGAACCACCAGCAAAGUGUAGAGAAUGUAAACAGUUAAUUGAUGGUGACCUGAUAAUGUUCCCUGGAGCUACAGAUGAUGCAGUAGAAGAGUAUGUUGCCUUAACAGAUCCUAAAUUAUCUGUGUUCACUGGGGAUGAGGAAGAAAUCCAUAGUUAUGACGAAAGACCUCAGCAUAAAAUCACAAAUUUCAGUGCUUAUGACAAGAAUACACAUCUGUGUCCAUUUGACACAGGCCUGAUAGAGAAGAACGUAGAAUUAUAUUUCAGUGGUCAUGUUAAACCAAUUUAUGAUGAAAACCCAGCAACUGAAGGUGGUAUCCCUACCAGGAACAUGGGACCUAUAAAUGAAUGGUGGACUGCUGGAUUUGAUGGAGGAGAAAAUGCCUUGAUAGGAUUCAGUACAGCUUUUGCGGAAUAUAUACUGAUGGCUCCUAGUGAUGCAUAUAAGCCAUUUAUGGAUACCAUGAGAGAAAAGAUCCACAUGAGUAAAGUACUGAUAGAAUUCUUACAGAGCAACCCUAUAGCAACAUAUGAAGAUUUACUGAAUAAAAUUCAGAUAACUGUGCCACCACAAGGAUUAAACAGUUUGACAGAAGAUUCAUUGCUAAGACAUUCACAAUUUGUUGUUGACCAGGUGCAGAGUUAUGACGAAGCAGCUGAAGAUGACGAAGAUCUCUUAAUUGCCACACCAUGUAUGAGGGCUUUGAUAAAACUGGCUGGUGUUACUCUGGGGAAAAGGAGACAAAUGAGAAAAGAAUUAAGAAAAACAAAGGUAAAAGAUAAGAAACCUGCCUUUACCAUGGCAGCUACAACUCCACUGGUGACCCAGAUAUUUGACAGUAUGUUUAAAGGUCAGCUGGAUGAAAAAUCAGGACAUGGCACUAAGCGUAGACGAUGUGGUAUAUGUGAGACUUGCCAGCAACCAGAUUGUGGUACAUGUAAUGCUUGUAAAGACAUGGUGAAAUUUGGUGGAACUGGCAGGGCCAAACAAGCUUGUGUAAACAGGAGAUGUCCCAACAUGGUUGUAAAAGAAGCAGAGGAUGACGACCUUUUGGAAGAGGACGAUAAUGAUUCAAAAUUAAUUAGUGAAAGUAAAGAAACAACUCCAACGAAGACACAUAAAACUGCAUCUAAUGUCAAGGCAAAACUGAGAUGGGAAGGAGAAGAACCUAUCAAAGUUGAUGGAAGAAACACCUACUAUGAAGCUAUCAGACUAGAUGAUGAUGUUAUUAAAGUGAACGAUUAUGUAGCAGUAAAACCACAAGACACUGGUAUCCCUGUCUACAUAGCCAGAAUAGCAUACAUGUGGGAAACCAGUAGUGGACAGAAAAUGUUUCAUGCACAUUGGUUUUGUCGGAGUAAUGACACAGUGCUAGGAGAAGCUUCAGAUGACCAAGAAGUGUUCAUGAUAGAUGACUGUGAAGACAUCAAGUUUGAUGUUGUAACAUGUAAAAUUAAGGUAAUAUACAAAGCCCCAGCAGACAACUGGCACAUGCUAGGUGGCAUUGAGCAUCCAGAAGAGGACCGAGUAGUAGACCCAGAGGAUAACAAAAGUUUCUUUUAUCAAAAAUGGUAUGAUCCAGAUUUAGCCAGGUUUGAAGAUCCACCAACAGAUGAAGUGGAAGUUCCUGAGAAUUUAAAACAUAAACAUUGUAUUAGCUGUUACAGACUUAAUCAAAUUAGAAAGAAAGAAAUCCCAAGCCUGGGAGAAGAAUUAGAUGAUUCUACAGAUACCAGAGUAUUCUAUAAUAGUGUUUGUCGUGAUAGUGUGGACUAUAAGAUAGGAGAUGGCUGUUACAUAGAACCUGAAGGAUUCAAUUUCAAAAUAAAACAAGUCAAGAAACCAACAAAGUCAACUAAACACAGUGCAGUAGAUGAAAAUCUAUACACAGAGGCCUACAGAAAAUCUGAGUACAUCAAAGGUUCCAAUGAAGAUUUACCAACACCAUUCAGAAUUGGAAGAAUUACGGAAAUUUAUUGUAAAAAAUCACCAGGAUCAAAACUUCCUGACAUGACGAAUAUAAGAAUUAAAGUCUGUAAAUAUUACAGACCAGAAGAUACACACAAAGGAGUUACUUCCACGUAUCACUGUGAUCUCAAUAUGUUGUACUGGUCUGAAGAAGAGGCCACAGUAGACUUUAGUUUGGUAAAAGGGAAAUGUCAAGUGCUUUACAGUGACAAUUUACAAGAUCUUCAGGCUUAUUUCCUUAGUGGUCCAAAUAAAUUUUACUUCUCAGAGGCAUACGACAGUGAAAACAAAACAUUUGAAGAACCUCCACAUAAAGCAAGGUUACUAGGAAGCAAAGGAAAGGGUAAGGGAAAAGGUAAGGGAAAGGGUAAAGGCAAAGGCAAAUCAUCUGGCCCCUCUGAGGAUGUGGAGGAGACAAAGAUACAAUGGAAACCACUCAGAUGUUUGGAUGUGUUUGCUGGCUGUGGAGGUCUGUCAGAAGGAUUUCAUCAAGCUGGAAUAGCUGAUUCUAAAUGGGCUAUAGAAAAAGAGGAACCUGCAGCACAGGCCUUCCGACUGAACAACCCAGGAUGUACAGUGUUCACAGAUGAUUGUAAUGAGCUAUUGAGACUUGUCAUGCAGGGUGAUACCACAAACAGAAUGGGACAAAAGCUGCCACAGAAAGGAGAAGUAGAAUUAUUGUGUGGUGGACCACCAUGCCAGGGAUUCAGUGGCAUGAACAGAUUUAACUCCAGAGAAUAUUCCAUGUUUAAGAAUUCAUUAAUUUCAUCGUAUUUGAGUUACUGUGAUUACUAUCGACCAAAAUUUUUCUUACUGGAAAAUGUUAGGAAUUUUGUUUCAUUCAAAAGAAGUAUGGUAUUGAAAUUGGCUCUACAGUGUUUAAUAAGAAUGGGAUAUCAGUGUACAUUUGGAGUGCUACAGGCAGGCAGUUACGGAGUGGCCCAAACAAGGAGGAGAGCUAUAAUUUUGGCAGCUGCCCCUGGAGAAAAGUUACCAUUUUACCCAGAACCAGAACAUGUGUUCUCUCCCAGAGCCAUGCAGUUAUCUGUUCAGGUGGACGAGAGAAGGUUCAUGUCUAACAUUACAAGAAUGGUAUCAGCACCAUUUAAGACCAUAACCAUCCGAGACACAAUGUCUGAUUUACCUGAUAUAAGGAAUGGUGCCAAGGCAGAAGAGAUAUCUUACCAAGGAGAUCCACAGUCACAUUUCCAAAAACUAAUAAGAGGUAGACAGCACCAGCCAAUACUAAGAGAUCAUAUCUGUAAGGAUAUGAAUGCAUUAGUUCAUGCUAGGAUGCAGCAUAUACCUUUAGCUCCUGGAUCAGACUGGAGAUCUCUUCCAAAUAUUGAGGUCAGACUUUCUGAUGGCACGAAGUCAAAGAAAUUGCAAUAUACACAUCAUGACAAGAGAAAUGGUAAAGCAUCAAACGGAAGCUUGAGAGGAGUGUGUUCCUGUGCUGAGGGGAAACAGUGUGAUCCUAUGGACCGACAAUUCAAUACUGUCGUCCCCUGGUGUUUACCUCACACAGGAAACAGACAUAAUCACUGGGCUGGGCUGUAUGGCAGGCUGGAAUGGGAUGGAUUCUUCAGCACAACUGUGACCAAUCCAGAACCUAUGGGAAAACAGGGUCGUGUGUUACAUCCAGAACAGCACAGAGUUGUAAGUGUACGAGAAUGUGCCAGAUCUCAGGGAUUUCCAGACACAUAUAGAUUCUUUGGAACCAUACUUGACAGACAUAGACAGGUUGGAAAUGCUGUACCACCUCCAAUGGGAAGGGCUAUUGGUUUAGAACUAAAGAAAAGUCUUGAAUGGAAAGCACUGAAAGAGCCAAAACAAGAGGAGGAAGAAAUUGUGAAAGAAGAAGGAGAAGAAGGGAUGGAAGUUGAACCUAAAAUUGAAGAAUCACCUGUCAAAGCUGGUUCAUCUAAAUGUUAAUAUUGGUUGGAUGUGAUGCAUUCUGGGAUAGAUAUUGAUAUGAAUUGUUGUUAAUAUUGGUUAGAUGUGGUGCAUUCUGGGUAGAUAUUGAUAUGAAUUGUUAAUAUUGGUUAGGUGUGGUGCAUUCUGGGUAGAUAUUGAUAUGAAUUGAUGUUAAUAUUGGUUAGAUGUAAGACAUUAUGGAAUAGAUAUUGAUAUGACUCCUAUGAAUUGUUACAAAUGUAUUUUAGAUAUUGGUUGGAUGUGGUGCAUUCAGGAAUAUAUAUUUAUAUGAAUCAUAUAAAUUGUUAAUGGAAAUAUGCAAAUUAGCAAUGAUCUUAUAGCCUGAAUAUUUAAAGCAAAUCCAAAGAUUUGUAUUCAAUAUUGGAAUAUGAAAGAUUAAGGUGAUGUUGCAGAAAUCAUGUUACAAAAUAGAAUUAAGGUGACUACCUAAUAUAUCGUUAUUAAAUUUAACAUGAUGCUAUAAAUAUAAUUAAGUUAUUUGAAAUUUUUAAAGAGGUCAUUGUUUAUGAUUUUUUUUGUAAUAGAACAUUCAAAGAUUAUGUACAAUAAUUCUAUUUGUAAUGUAUACAAUAUUUUUAUUAUUAUACAUUGUAUGUUAUAAUUGAUUGUGUUAUUUAAAGAUGUAUGUAAAUGAAAUAUGUUACAGUUUCGUUUCAUAAGGUGCCAAAAUAUUUAGUGCUAUACAAGAGUUAUCUCUUUUCUGUAAAGAUUCAUUUGGAAAUUAUUUUCAUAAAUUGAUUGAAACAAUGUAAUUCUUAAAUUAUUAUUACCUUCAAAAUGUAUUCAUGAUCAUGAAAUUAUAGCAUAAGUUUAAUGAAAGGAUAACUUUAGUUACAUUUUCCUUUAAUUUAUUCUACAAGUUUUGUGCAUCCUUCAUUUAGUAAAUUUGCAGUUUUUCUUGUACUUUAAAAAUGUAUGAACAGUGCUAAUAUAAAUAUUCUUAUUUAGGAAAUGAAUGAGUAUUAUCAAUUAGAAAAAAACUGGUCUCCUUACAUCAUUUCCUAUGCUACUGUAUUACAAAAAUUACAAAUCUGAUCAUGGAGUGUUCUCCCAAGGGCCUUAAAGCACCUUGGUACCCUGGUGUUAUCUUUGAUGAUUUAAUGAAGAUGGUAUAGGGGCCAUGGUGCUAUUUUUUUUUUUGGAAAGCCAGUGCUUUGCUAAUUUCUUUGGUGCUAUUUGAAAAUUCAUGGGAGAACACUGUUAUGAAGGAUUUAAAACCUUUUGCUGAAUGAAAUCACUAUAAAUUCAGAGCAAAAGAAUCAAGUUACUGGAUGCUGUAAGCAACAAUCUAUCAACCAAAUAGAUCAAUAUGUUGUAUAAUACAUUCAAGAUUUAUAAAUAGUUGUUAAAUAUACCAGCAUGUAGAUGUGUAUUAAAGAACUAAAUAGUAGCUACUACAGUUAUGCAGACUAAUUUGUAUAAAUGAAAUCACACUAAAACAAAAAUAAUGUUUUUCUUUUGUAAAGUAAUUGUAUAUAUAGAUUAAAACAUUAUGUGAAAAUCGUCAUAGAACAUUAAAUAUUUAUUCAAAGCA